GGCUGUGUUGGGACCGGGGUGGGGAUGGUUGGGAUAUAAAUGCAGCCCUGGGUCAGGGACCCAACACAGCCACCAGCUCGGCCCUUUGGAGACACGACAGAGGAGCGGGGAAGAGGAGACAGAAAAAUACAAGGCAGAAAAACAUCACGAUGAAGCUUCAAGUCGCCUGCGUGAUUCUCAUCCUCGUCAUCACCUCGGCCAAAAACUCCUGCUGUUUCCCAGGCCCGACAGCAAAUCCUGCUGGUUUGUUAAGGCAAGAAAUGGAACCCAAGGAAGAAACUCAGGGUCUGCAGGCCCUGCUCCGACGGUCCAAGCGCCACAACAGCCACUUAGCGAUCUGCAUCUACUGCUGCAAGUGCUGCAGGAACCAGGGCUGCAGCUUCUGCUGCUGGACCUGAGCCCGCCGGUCGGACACAGCUGGAGCCGGGCAGCGCUAGGGGGCGCCAUCACCUUCAGCCGCGCCCAGCCCCCAGCCCCGCCGCGUCUCAGCCUGGCCCCCCGGCUCCCGACCCACCUUAUUUAUUGCUUCCUUUGCUUCCAUGUCUUUUUGUUAUUGGACAUUAAACGUGGGUUUUAAAGUCAGGAGCCUGUCAUCAUACUUACUGAAUUGGACCCAAGAGUCCUGUCUCCCAGCUCCCCCUGCUCUAAAUCCCUAGACCCCACUCCCUUGCCGGAGCCAGGGACAGAACCCAGGAGUCCUGGCUCCCUCCCGUCCUCCCCCGCGCCCCCAUUCUAACCACUACACUUCAGAGGUGGCUGCAUCUCAGAGCCGGGCGAGACAUGUGCCAUGGCUGUGUGGCUGGUCCCCAGCUCUCCCACCCCAGAGGUGGGUACAUCGCAGCACCGGGCA